AUGGGCCCCUCCUCCGCACAGCCCGCCGCCGCCGCCGCCGCCCAGGCGUCUCCCCUCUCCCCGAUCAUCCGGUCGGCCAUCCGCCUGCUGGCGGCCGGCGACGAAGCGGCUCGCUCCCCCGAUGGGCCCGGAUCAUCGCCGGCCAUCGACGUGCUGCACAGCUCGGACUCCGAGGGCAGCGACAUGCCGAGCUUGGUGGACCCCCCGGCAGACGAGCCGCACACCGACGAUCCGAUUGUCUUUCUCCCGGACGUAAUCAAAGCCAUUGACGAUGUCGAGCAGAUGGCCAAGGAGACCUUUGCGCGCGAAGAGAGUCUCUGCUCGCGCGGUGCAGGUUUCACUCUGCAGGAGGUCUGGGCCUGCCUGACGUGCCUGGCCGAGGCGGCCGGCCACGGGGCCGAUACCCCAACCGCCAUCGAGCGCCGGGGGAACUACCUUUGCGACGCGUGCACCGUCGAAUGCCACCCCGGGCAUGAUGUCCGCUCGCUUGGGUAUCGCCGUGGCGUUCGCUGCGACUGCGACGACCCGGACCGGUGUCCUGGCCAAAAAUGCAGCCUGCUGGCAGACCUCAGCGCCAAGCCGGCCGCACGCCGGCCGGUGGCCAGCCCCCUGGGGGAUUUGAUCCUCCGAGACCCGGUGGCCAAUCGGUACACACUGGGCAAUGCCAAUCGCUUUUGCAUCUGCCGGCGCUUCUACUCGGAGGACGAUGGCCCGGCGGCGCCGGGAGAGGCCGACGGAGCCCCAGACGCUGCCCCGGCCGAUGAGGACGACAUCAUGGUCCAGUGCGUCGGGUGUGAAGACUGGCUACAUGGGCGAUGCGUGGCCCGGGCACGUGGAACGGAUGCCGACAGCUGCCCGGCCGGGCCCUGGGAGCUGCUUGCCUCGACGCCCGCCGCGGCACUGCCCGCGGCCGGACCCCGGAGCCACUGCUGGGCAUACUUCCUGUGCGGGCGGUGUGUCGCAGGCGACGCACUUCCGCUUGCCUGGGCGCUGCGUGCGGCGCCCGACGUCGAGCGUGUUCCACUUGACCCGUCCUACUUGGUGGGAGACAACUCGCCCAGCCGGACUCCGAGCCCGGACUUGCCGCUGGGCUGCCGCACGGCGCCGGCCGAUCUGGACGACUUCCGGGCCGGCGUGCAUGGACAGCCAUUCCACAUGCUGCUGCCGCGCACCUUCCGGAAGAUGGUGUGCGGGUGCGGCCUGUGUCGGGCGCUCCUUCGCCAGGGGAUGGACCUGCCGGGCCACUGGGAGGGCCCUGGCCCGGAGUCGGUCGACUGGUCCCCUCUGGCGGCCCUGCUGCUGGGGCCGGUGGCCGGGCUCCAUACCGCUGGGCCGGGUGCGGGCGACGAACGCGAGGAGGCACAGAGUGCGGGAGCCGGUGCCGCGGCCCGGCCGGCCCGCGCGGCGGUCGCUGCGGCCGUGGCCCCGGCGCACCUCCGCUCGGGCGGUGCUGGUACCCCGGCACACGCGCCGGAACAGGCCCACGCCAUCGCCCAGGGGAUUGCCUCGCUCCAUUCGCAUCUGCGUGCGGAGUUGGCCCAGCUGCCGGCAGACUCGGUCGUCACGCCGGAGAUCAUCCGCGGAAUUUUCAGCCGGCUGCGUCGCGAGGGGGCCGAGGAGGGGGCCCCGGCGGCCAAGCGCCAACGCGGCGCCUGACUACACACUCCGCCUGGCCAUGGGCCGCGCUUGGUUGGGCGGCUUUCCUCCGUGUCCAUUGUGUGUCCAGGCGCUGGGGUGUCGCGAGAUGUUUUGUGUCUAUUGUCGCCAAGUGGCUCUUUCGGUUGAGCCCUCCCCGCGCACACAUCCAGGUGGGAGGAAGGGACGCCCAUGCGCGUGCGAUGGGUUGUGUGAAAAAGGAGCCCCCGGUCUCGGGCACUGGGCAGGGGGGGAAGGGAAGGCCUGCUCGGGCGCCGGUGCGACAGGG